AUGGGUGAUAAGAAUGGACAAGUAGUAGCUGGUGGCAAUGGCCAAGGAAAUCGCUUGGAUCAAUUGAUUUUGCCAAGCGAUGUGCUGAUCGACAAAGAGACUGAUAGUCUCAUUAUUUGUGAUGGAGGAAAUCGACGAGUCGUACGAUGGUCUCGUCGUAGUGGUAGAACUCAAGGAGAAAUCCUUAUCGACAACAUCAGUUGUCGAGGAUUGGCCAUGGAUGAUCAGAGAUAUCUCUACAUCUCUGAUAUCGAAAAACAUGAAGUAAGACGAUAUCAAAUAGGAGACAAGACUGGAACUAUCGUAGCUGGUGGCAAUGGCAAAGGUGCUGGUCUUAAUCAACUCAUCUCUCCGACCUACAUCUUUGUCGAUCAACAACAAACUGUCUACGUGUCAGACUACAACAAUCAUCGUGUAAUGAAAUGGAAUAAAGGUGCAAAAGAAGGAAUUGUCGUCGCUGGAGGUCAAGGUCAACGGAGUGCUCUGACACAAUUGUCGUAUCCUAGCGGACUGUUCGUCGAUACAUUGGGUACCAUCUAUGUGGCAGACUAUGGAAAUCAUCGAGUAAUGCGUUGCCCUAAAGGAGCGAAACAGGGCACUGUCAUUGUGGGUGGAAAUGGUCGAGGAGAAAGAGUAACGCAGCUCAACUAUCCCGUUGGUUUGUCGUUCGAUCGACAUGGCAAUCUCUAUGUCGUCGAUUGUGGCAAUAAUCGUGUUCAACGCUUUUCUAUCGAAUAA